AUGAAAACUUUCAAUACUUUGUUUAUCAUGGAGAGUUCAUCUCCUCCCCUAGCCACUAUGCGGCGCGCAAUUACCGAAAAGGAUGACGGCAAGCCACAGCUUGUUGAUAUUCCCAUGCCACGUCUAGGACCCGAUCAAGUCCAUAUCAAGCCUGUGGCCAUGGGUCUCAACCCCAGCGAUUUCAAGAUGGGUACAGCAUUUCCCCGCCCCGGAGCCGUCAUCGGACAAGACAUGGCCGGCACCAUUAUUGCGGCUGGUGAGAAUGCCCCCUUCACCCCGGGAGACCUCGUAUGGGGAGGUGCCUCAGGGUGCAUCUCGUCGAACCCAGAGUACGGUUCCUUCUCCACGCAUGUUUGUGCCCCCGCGUUGCUUGUGCGGCGUCUCGAUCCCCAGAUUGAUCCCGUCGAAGCCUCCACGUUGUCAACCGCACUUGCUACCAGCGCCUUGGCCUUUUGGACCCCCGACGCCCUUGAUCUGACGCCCAUCACGCCGGAGAAUCCGUCAAAGGACCCUUUCAAGGUUCUCGUGUACGGCGGCAGCACGGCCAGUGGAACCAUCGCCAUCCAACUUCUCCGGUUGUGCGGCCUUGACCCCAUAGCGACCUGUUCGCCGCACAACUUUGAUCUCGUCCGAUCUUAUGGGGCCAGCGCCAUAUUUGACUAUGCCGAUCCCGCCACGCCCGCCGCGAUCAAGGCACAUACCGGAGGACAGCUCAAACAUGUCCUGGAUUGCAUCUCUGAUGCCCACAGUGUGGAGACGUGCUUCAGUGCCAUGGCGCGUGUCGGUGGUCGGUACGUGAGCCUCGAGGUUGUACCGGAAGAGCUACUGGCGCGACGACGUGCCGUUCGUGCCUGUUUUGUGUCGGCGUACGGAAUCGCAGGGGACGCGAUGGAUCUGCCAGGCGCCUACGGUAUGGAAGCCGAUCCGUCCAAGCGGGAGAUGGGGAAAUGGGCGUUUGACAUGUUCGAACGACUUGUCAAUACGCGGAAGAUCCGUACCCAUCCCGUCGAGCGGUUAGAGGGCGGACUGGCCGCUAUUAUUCCAGGCUUAGCGAAGCUGCAGUCUGGUAGCGUGAGUGGGAAAAAGCUGGUCGCUAUCAUGUAA